UCCACUUCAUUCCAAUCUAAUUUCCUUCUCUUGCCUCUUUAAACAAGUCUCCCGCCUUUCCCGCUAUCAAAACUUGGUUCCUUUGAGCCCAGUUCCAACAUCGUUUUGGGAGUUCUUGUUUUCCGUCUCCGUAUUACUUCAGUGGAAUAAGUUCCUGGAUUUUCUCCGCUCAAUCAUCCACAUAGCCUAAGCAAUUCUGGACUCUAGCGGUGGAGACAAAGCCGCUGCAGCAAAGAGCCUAGAAUCUGGAAUUGUGCGCAUCUGCAGCAACCAACUCCGCAACUAGCUACUGGCAUUAUCGCCACAAUUGAGCUGCAUACGAGGACACGCACGCACGUUCUCUGAAACCAUUUCCACCCGUCUUGCCCUCAGGACAAGGGAAGCAUUUCGCACGAUCUCUUCCCCCCUUUUCCCAGUUUUUCGCAUACGCAGUAAGCGAACCGAAAGGUUUACCGAAAGACAAUGGGCUGGUUUGAUACACAAUCGUCCGUUUCCUCUUCUCACUCGAGGCGUAAACGCUCUCCCUCCCGCCGGCCAACGUAUUCCACCCAUCAUUCCCGGCACUCUGCUCCUUCAUUCUUUAGCUUCAACGGCGGAGGCAGCCGCGCCGGCCGAUCCAGUCCAUCGGUCUACUCGUCCUCGUCGCGGCGAGCACGACCUCGGUCUGGCUUUGUCCAAAAAGUAGUCCAUAUCAUUAAACGACUGCUACGUGACAUCUACAAAUAUGCCCGUGAGCACCCAAUCAAGGUGCUACUCCUGGUUCUCAUACCGCUUCUUACAAGCGGUGUUUUGCAGAAACUGUUCGCCAUUAUUGGCAUUCGUCUGCCCAAGAACAUCUUUGGCGGUCAAGGUGGACAAUCUCGAGAGGGCGGCAUGAUGGAGAACUUGAAAUCUAUGAUGAGCAUUGCGAAGAUGAUCAUGUAAGGAGCGAAAGACGCUAUGUCUCGAUUUAGGCUGUGUGGUAUAGCGGAGCGCUUGGCUGAGAAAUGAAUGGUACGAUGGAUGUGCGGAAAGGUAAAGACAUCUAUGAGCAUAAUGACAAUGAUGACAUGAUAUAUACUUGGUUUUCGAUACUUGAUAUUCGCUUUCGUUUUUCCAGACUUAUUAUGUGCGAUAUUGGAGGGUUAGUUGCAAUUCUACCGAGUGUCUUUUCUUCUUCCCUCGUUUUUCGGCAUGUGCAGGUACAUCUAAAGUGGUUUGUUUGAAUCUAACAGUGUCUACUCCUGGAGUGGUGCAAUUGACUGCGAAGGGCUCCAUGGCAUGUAUUUCUCUACCUAAAAAGCUGGACAGAUAUUUAGACAUGUUUGGGAUUACGAC